AUGAGUGUGGAGUGGAACGCCGAUGAUGGAGCUCCCCUCAAUAGUGUGGCCAAUGAUCUCCUUGAGGACUUGACCACUUUCACCUCGGUCGCGAAGGACAUCAAUAAAUCGGAGCUGGGAGAGCUGGUGGCCCCCCCGUCCCCUCUACGCGCUAGACUGCUAGAAGAACUCUGCCUCAGUACGGCCCCUGGUAAAGGAGCAACGACGGAGUCGCCCGGUGAAGACGCGGAUAUCUGCCGGAUGGUAGCUGAGGGAGCACCAAUUGGCCUCUUGAUCCCGGUUCGAGUAAAUGCGGAAUGGCCAGCAGUCGAUACUGACAAGUUUGGCAAACCAAAGAAGGAUGAGCCGCCCUUCGUGCGGUGGCCUGGCGAAAAACUCGAGGAGCUGAGGCUACACGACUGGCCGCAGGGCAGCAUUCCUCCAGAUAUGUAUAGGCUGUUCGAAGAGCUCAUAGCGAAGGAGCUUCGGCUAGGCCGAUUAUCAGAGAUUAAUCCGACGAGUCCAGACUGCGAGGCGUUGUCGAAAGUUCAUGUGAUGUAG